GACUACUUGAAACCACACGUUAUGCGAAAUGUUGGUCCGCUCUUGGCCAUAGUUUGCAGUCGGUAAAAUAGGUUAUAAAAAUUGGCUGAGAUCGUGUAUCUAUGAGCAAACCAAAUACUAUUUUAAUGCUAAAUUCAUACCCUGCAGGCCAGGUACUUCUUCCCAACGGCGCAGAGGUGGAGACUUCCCUAAGGCAGAGGUAAAUGAGUGAAUACAAUGAAUGAAAGAACAAAUAAAUGUGAACCCGACGAAGGCCUUGCCCUCGGCCACUGUACAGUAAGCCCCACCUGGCUUGUCGCUCAGCAGCCCCCUCCUGCACAUGCGCACUAGGCUCUCCGCCGCCCCCUGCCCAGUCCCACGUCCCCCAUCGUCGGAGCAUGCGCGGGCCGCUUGGCGCCAAUUGUAAACCGCCUCUGGUAGCGCCAGCCUCGCGGGUCUCCCGGCGGCGCGUGUUUGCUUCCUCCUCGGCUCCGGGAUGAUCGGCCAGAAGACACUCUACUCCUUCUUCUCCCCGAGCCCAGCCAGGAAGCGACGUGCCUGCAGCCCCGAGCCGGCCGACGCGGGGACCGGCGUGGCGGCGGUAGCUGAGAGCAGGGAUGAGGCGGCCAACCCUAACAAGAAGGCCCGGGCCGGGCCGGAGGAGGACUCCUCCACGCCGCCCUCCUCGCCGCUGAGCCCCGAGCAGUUAAUCCGCAUCCAGAGGAACAAGGCUGCCGCCCUGCUCAGACUCGCUGCCCGCAACGUGCCGGUGGGUUUCGGUGAGAGCUGGAAGAAGCACCUCAGCGUAGAGUUCAGAAAACCGUAUUUUAUAAAGCUGAUGGGAUUCGUUGCAGAAGAAAGAAAACAUUAUACUGUUUAUCCACCCCCACACCAAGUCUUCACAUGGACCCAAAUGUGUGACAUAAGAGAUGUGAAGGUUGUGAUCCUGGGGCAGGAUCCAUAUCAUGGACCCAGUCAAGCUCAUGGGCUCUGCUUUAGUGUCCAGAGACCUGUUCCACCUCCGCCCAGUUUGGAAAACAUUUAUAAAGAGCUGUGUACAGACAUAGAUGGCUUUGCUCAUCCUGGCCAUGGAGAUUUGUCUGGAUGGGCCAAACAAGGCGUUCUCCUCCUCAAUGCUGUGCUUACUGUCCGCGCGCAUCAGGCCAAUUCUCACAAGGAGAGAGGCUGGGAGCAGUUCACUGAUGCAGUUGUGUCCUGGCUGAAUCAGAACUCAGAUGGCCUCGUCUUCUUGCUCUGGGGCUCUUAUGCUCAAAAGAAGGGCAGUGCCAUUGAUAGGAAGCGCCACCACGUGCUGCAGACUGCUCAUCCCUCCCCGUUGUCGGUGUACAGAGGGUUCUUCGGAUGUAGACAUUUCUCUAAAACCAACGAGCUGCUGCAGAAGUCUGGCAAGGCUCCCAUCAACUGGAAGGAUCUGUGACCCUGAACUGGAGGGGGUCUCUGGGUAGUUUUCUAGAAGAUGCUUUUGAAGUAUUUGUCAAUUACAAAGUUGGGUUGAAAAAAUAAUUUCCCUAGUCUUUCUUAAGCAUUCUGCAUAAGGGGAAAGUUUUAGUACAGCAGCCAUGAUGUACCAGGCUGCCCAGGAGUGGCAGCUUAUCCAGCGAGAAGCGGCAAAGGCUGGACCCUGUGACCUAAUGUGUUUUUUCAACGUGCCUUUGGCCCAACACAUGUUGUCAAGUAAGUUCUUGGAAGAGAGAUGAGGUCAAAUACUCUAGACUGUCCUCCCCUUUACCUGUAUGGUUAAAGUGGGAAGAGAGAAGCACCUUUUGGGUAUGGCCCACUGCUGCUUGUUUUUCCUUGGUUAGACUUCAGGUUAUUAGGUAUUGGGUAUUUUUAUUUAGAAAGAGCCCCCCUUUGCCCAUAGCCCAGCAUUCCAGUCUGGGCCAGGUACACUGCCCCUUCGAUCAUAACAGCCCUGAGACCCCUCCUUGAAGGAAGCAUGAGGAUGGUUUGCAAGUUCCCCAAAGUACGGGUCAAUUCCCUGAUUGUAGUGGAGGUGAAAAUUCCUAAGCGAUGAUUCUUGGUGUGUGCCUUCAGAUAAGCAGAGGCAGAAGUGAGCUGGGUCUUGUUUAUGCUGUUACUCUUAAGAUGUUUCUAGGAAUAAGCAGUGGAAGUUAAAUAGGAAGAAGAAAGGGGUUUUGUUUGUUUGUUUUUAAAGAGCAUACAUGCUUUUCUUCUAGGUAUAUCCUGAGUUGACAUUUUAAGGCAGCUGCCAGAUGCAUUUUUUUAUGGACUGAAAUCACUUUGAGGAAAUCUUUCUGAACACUGUUAAAUUCUGCUUUUUUAAAGAAUGUACCAAUGUGUGUAUGUAUGUAUAUAUAUUUUAAUUCUUUAACGGACAAUCUUUAUUAGGUCUGCACUUCUAGCCUGUUCUGCUGUUAGCCGGGUUAAAGCUUUGACCCUGCACAAGUUUGGUAAUAAAAGAUUGUUGACAUUUCGCUCUGCCCAGUGCUCUUGAGUGCCGCCCCUCCGCGCUCGCUCUGGCCCAGGGGCUUC